AUGGCAGACACUAGCACUGCCCCAAACCAGGGGCAGAGCCAGGAGCUGACCCGCGAGCAGCGUGAGACGGUUAAGCAGUUGGCGGCAGAGGUGUAUGCGGGCAAUGGUGAGGGCAGCACUGAGGAGCAGAGGGAGCGCAAUAAGGCGGCAAAGAAGGGGGUCUUGUUGAAGGAGUUUGGAAACCUCCUGCUGGCCGGGGUACCGGAUGAGUGCCGUGAUUUCAUGCCAACGCUGACUGCGCGCAAGGAGGUCGAGCAGACGGUUGGCAAGUCGAAGGUGAAGAAGGUUGAGCUGGCCGGGCUGCCGUUGCGCCUGAAGUUUUGGACGGUGCAUAUGGCGGAUUCGUAUCCGGCCCUGGCUUUCGUGGCCAACCGCGUCCUCCGCAUGCACGCAACCACCUGCGCAUCAGAGCGCAACUGGUCGCUGUGGGGCAACCUGUUCCACAAGGCCCGCAACCGCCUGGGGCAGAUGCGUGCGAUGAAGCUCAUCUUCAUCCGCCAGAACGACAGCUACGCGGCCAAGCGCAACGCCCUGUCGGAUGAGGAGGUGGUGAUGCAGCUGCUGGCCGGGGAGGAGGAGGAGUGA